UCAAAAGCUGUAUCUGUAUCUUUUUGUGAUAUACAUAUGAGCACAUAUGAUAUAUUUUAUUACAUGUUAUACAUAUAGUUCCUACUGAUCACACGGGGAAUCUGGCGAAAUUGCUGCACAGGCCCAGUAAACUUGGUAAACUCGAUGGAUUCUCCUAAACGAAAAAUUGAAGACAUCAAGGGAAAUGAUCAAGUUGUUAAGCGGACUAAAAAAGAAGAAUGUCCUCAUGGAGUGAAAUGCUACAGAAGGAAUCCAAUUCAUUUCAGGGAAUAUGGACAUGAACAUUUAAUGCAAUUCAUUAACAAAGAUCCAACAAAAUUUCCGGACAAUUUCACUCAAGAUCCAAAAGUGUAUAAAGAUCAGUUGGAAGUAAUGAGGGUCUUACUGAAACCUAUUAUUGCAUCAGGCAGUGCAAAUAAGAAAAUGUCUGUUGUGUCAUCGGUAUCAACAUCACAGAACAAGCUUGUAUUGAAACCUAUCAAAACCAUGAAGGACAAAUUGGAACUAGCAGAACCAUACAAUAUAUUUUACACUAAAGUCCCAAAAGCAGUACAAACAUUGAAUGCUCAAAAUGCUAUUUCGUUUCCUGAUCUUCUUUGUCCAAGUCUUGGAGUGCUAAAUUGUUCCAUGCAAAUUAAUUUCAUGAUUGAUAUUCAGUGGUUGUUACAACAGUAUAAAGUGCAUUCUUUGGAAAAGAAACCACUUACAGUUAUUUAUGGAUAUGAAUUCCCUCAGAUGGAGGAUUUUAUGAAAUUAUAUUGCAAGAAUGUUAAAUAUCACAGAGUCCAAAUGAAAGAUCCAUUUGGAACACAUCACUCAAAAAUUGGAUUAUACCUUUUUGAACAUGGUUCUUUAAGAGUAGUAGUUUCAACAGCAAAUUUGUAUUAUGAGGAUUGGAAUCAUUAUAACCAAGGUUUAUGGGUUAGUCCACCCUGUCCAAAACUGAGAGACGAUCAACCAGAUUAUGCAUGCUGUGGUCCAACAAAUUUUAAAACGAGUCUUUUAAAUUAUUUGAAGAGCUACAAAUUACCAAUAAUGGAGGAGUGGAUAGCCAUUGUAAAACGCGCCGAUUUUAGUAAAGUGAAAGUAUUUUUAACAACUUCAGUUCCCGGAAAGCAUUAUCCAAAAGACAUGGGUUGUCAUUUGCAUUAUGUUGGAGCUUUGCUAAGCAAGCAUUCCGAAUUUCCAAAAAACCCGACGAAUGAUAAUGAAAAAGCUAUAAAUUGGAAAGUAAUUGCUCAAGCUUCGAGUAUAGGUUCCUUAGGAAAAAAUGCUGGAGAAUGGCUCAGAAGUUCUUUACUGCGAAGUUUAGCUAGCCACAAAGAUGUACCUUUGGUAUCAAAUUCGCAAGCCAAGUUGAAACUUAUUUUUCCUUCUGCAAAUAACGUUGUGAAUAGUCAUUUUGGUCUUGAGGGAGGCGGGUGUUUGCCGUACGCGCAGAAAGUACAUGACAAACAGAAAUGGUUAAAUGAGUACCUUCACACCUGGAAAUCAGAUCAGCUGGGAAGAUCUGGAGCAAUGCCUCACAUCAAAAGUUAUUGUCGCAUCAACGAGGAUAACUCGCUUAUGACGUACUUCUUAUUAACAAGCGCUAACAUUUCCAAAUCUGCUUGGGGAGGGAACAUACAAAAAGAUUCAUCUUCGUAUGUAAGAUCUUACGAAGCUGGUGUCCUCUUUUUGCCAAAAAUGUUCGACAAACAAUACUUUAAAAUAGGAGGAAAUAGAGUGUGUGACAAUCCUGAUCACAUAUUUCCACUUAUCUUCGACUUGCCUCUGCAGCAUUAUUCAACUAAAGAUGAACCCUGGGCAAAUUAAUUUAUUAUUUAUACAUUUUCCCAAUAAAAUUAAUUUUACAACUUUUUCGUAAGGAAUAUGUGAAGUACAAAAUUUUUAAGAGUUUUGUUUACUUUUUUAAUAAAAAUAUUAUUUUAUUUUCAAGUUACAAAAAUGUAGCGUAGUCACCGCUCCGGAAUAAUUACUUUAUAUCACAUUAAAAUGAAUUGGUCAACGUUUACUUUGAUAACGAUGAUUAGAUUAACGAAAUCUGCAAGCCACAUUCUAAUUUAAGGCCAUCGCGAACUGACUCCCCCUACCGGCGUCAUCAUUAGAUUGUUGAAAUAUUUGAAGUUCUGCUACUGGUAGUAAGACUUACCGGAUGGCUCAAUCAAUAGGCUUCGAAAAUGUUGAGAGGAUGUUCGCUAAGUGAGGAAAAUGGUGGCUGGGAAAACAGAUGUUUGAACUUUAUUGAAUGCAGAAGAUAAUGAUUUUUCAGUGUAAGAUUUAUAAAGUAUUGUUAGCAACGAAGACAAAGAAACUGAAGUCGAAAUUGAUGAAAAAUGUUAUCAAUCAAAGAUUAAAAGGUUACAGAACAAAAGGUUUUCCAUUUUUAUGCGAUUAUUGUUAAAUGCA